AAUGGCACCGUGGGUGCAGCGUCUUUUUAUACAAAUUCUGCCGAAACUGUUAUGCAUCGAACGACCAAAGAAGGACGAUGGCAGCGAGGAAGAGCAGCCGCCUGAGGUGCUGACAGAUGUUUUUCAUCUGCCGCCUGACGUAGAUAAAUUUGUGAAUUACGACACGAAACGUUUUAGCGGCGAUUAUGGAAUACCGGCUUUACCUGCGCAUCGUUUUGAUCUGGCCGCAGCAGGGGGCGUAGCGCCCUGCUUUGGUGAUCCACCCCUGCCCUCAGCACUGCCACUACCUGGAGCAGACGAUGACCUAUUUAGUCCAUCGGGCAAUGGCGAUUUAAGUCCAGGCUGUUGCCAAGCAGAUCUAAGUCCCACAUUUGAUAAGCCGUAUAUGCGCGAAAUGGAGAAGACAAUAGAAGGAUCAAGAUUUAUAGCGCAACAUGUGAAAAAUAAAGAUAAAUUUGAAACUGCACGCAAUUUGGUUUAG